AUAUGGGAUAGUCCAGUACUAUGGAAAUUACACAAGUCGCUUCUAUAAACAAAGGCUUCGUCUUCUUGAGGAGAAACAUAGGACGAUGUACACAUUUUUGAUCCUUAAUAUCCAGCAAGCUGAACAAGGACGCUAUAUUUGUAAAGUUCAAGAGAUUGGCAAGCAAAGGAACAAGUGGACAUCAUGGUCUAAUGGUAGUGCAUCCACUGAAGUCCAAGACCUGUCAGUCUAUGCGGUCAUGAUGUGCUCUGCAGGCAUUCUUAGCAUCCUGCUGUUCACUCUUGUCAUCCUCUGCCAGAUCUUGAGCAACAAGAAACGAUCCCAUGUGAAACAUUACUUGGUGAAGUAUCCCCAGAAGAGCUUGCAGGAGACAGUCCUCAGUAAGGCAGUUGGGUCUCCAGUGCAGCCCAAACAAAUGAAAGGGAUGAAGAAAACAGAGGAACCUCCAGCAGUUCCUGCCAAAGCACCAAUAUCCAAUACUUUCUCAAAGCCUAAACUUCUGAAACCACAAAGGAGGGUCACAUUGCUGAAAGGCGCCGAGGAGAAUCUGACCUACGCUGAACUGGAGUUGCUGAAGCCUCACCAGGAAGCGAAAGGUGUUUCUUCUGUGACUGUUUAUGCUCAGAUUCUCUUUGAGGAAAACAACAUGUAGAUGCAUAUAACCCAGACAGAGCCUGUUGACCAGGGGUAUUGAAUUAUUUCUUUGCUACAUACAACGUAUAUGCAACCUCCUUUUAGUAAUGGUUCUGUUCCUGUUCAGUUAGAUUUUAAGACUGUGCUUCCAGGAAAUGAUUCUCUUUUCAUUGGAGAGGAGGGCUGACUCUUGUGUUCUGUUCUUUUUCUUGUAAUGCCAAAGAUGAUCUUGAUUUUGUGAUGGCCAGUUACAACAGCUUCCUUUGGGUUGGUGAGAAACAGCUCCUUUCUACAUAUUUUGCCACCCAGGCUUGCAAUUACUUGGUCCUGCCUAACAUAGCUGUGAGAUUCAUAUGGAGAAUUAAGAGAAGGGGGAAAACAAAGAGAUAGAGGUUGGGUGCCAGUGGGAAAAUGGGAGGAAAAGAAAGAAGGUGUUCAGUGACUGAACUAGAAUCUCUCAGAGGACUUUUCCCAGCUCUUAGCCAUUCCUUCAUAGCUGGCCAGGCCUCAGAUGAUCUUCACUCCUUUGAUCAUAGGUGAAUUCUUAGAGCUGCUUAGAACUUCCCAUUGUUCUCAGGUUUGUUUCACCCCAUUAAAGCAGGCAUGCAGGAGUGUAUGUCCCCUGUUGCCUGAGCGCCUUUCAGAAGGGUGUUUAUACUCUCACCUCCCCAGGAAUGUUCUGCUCUCCUCACCUCUGUGUUUCACAAUAUAAUUCCAUCAAGAGGCAUGUCUCUCUGAACAUGAUUCAAUAAUGAACCAUAACCCAAUUUAUGCUUGAUUCAUUGGGAAACACAGAAUUCAGCUUUUGGACUAGGAGUGGGAAGACUCAGGUUCUGGUCUCUCUCAGCCCUGGAAGCCCCCUGGAUGAGUCCAGGCCAAUCCCUCCCUCUUAGCCCCAGAGCCGAUGUGGGGUGAUAGUGGAGGUGCUGGACUAAGAGUGGAGAGACCUGGAUUCUCAUCCACCUUCAGCCACAGAAGUUCCCUGGGCGACUUUAGCCAAUUGCUCUCUCUCAGCUCAACCUACCUGUGCUGUUGUGAGAACAAACACCAAGAGAUGAACGGUGUACACUGUCCUGAAUUCCUGUACAAAAGCCAGGAUAUAAAUCUAAGAAUAUUUUCUAUAACCUCCUUUUCCCCCUCUCUACUCACUUUACACACAUGCACAAACUUGCAUAUAUGGACACAUAUGUUCAAUUUAUAGAAGAGAAGAACCUAUGCAUCUGAAAACUAAUUUGAGGAAUGUGUAUUUUUAGGUGCGUGAAUUUCAAGUUGAACUUAUCAAUCCUUUUUAUUUUCAAGCAGGAUGUUACAGAACACAUUUUCUUUGGCCAUCUCAGUAAUCCUCCAUACAGAUCAGACUUUCUGCUGCAAGAGUCUGUUCUCUUUCCUGUUUCAAGGAUAAAAGAAUAAAUUCAUAUUGUUUUGAAAGAUUUCAGAAGAAAAAUUUUUAGAUGAGUAAAAGCAAACAUUUUCAGGAACCAACUGGAAAAAGUAACAUAUCUUUCCUUUGGGUGAUUGACAGAAUGAAUAUUUUGAAAAACUGGAGGAAUAACAGUAAUAAUAAUUAAAUAAAACUGGAAGUUAAACAUUGUGCCUUUACAUCAGAACUUGAUUGUGGGAACAUGAAGUAUUUUAUUGGCUGGGAAACAGCUGUAAGUUGAAGGUGAUGAAUGUGACUAUAAAAUAGGGCAAUUUUACAGACCUAAGAAUUUU